AUGAGUACAGAAUCAGAAGCUUUGAUGUACUUUGACGAUAAAGUAAUCAAUGAAUUCGAGGGAGUUGGAAGCGAAAGCUUAAUACAGUUAUUGCAAGCUCCCGAUCAAACAAGCCAAGAUGCUGAAAAUAUCAUAUCACAAAUUUUCACAGAGCUUCUAUUAGUGUACGAAGAAGAAAGGAUAACGUUAGAAGCCAUCAUACAAUUUUUGUCUUUGGCAAUUAAAGAUGAAUUCAUAGCUGUAAUAUUUUGUCAAGUGUUCGACGUUUUCCCGUUGUCAGUUUCUUUGCAAAAGCUUUUACUGGAAAUUUUUCAGCGCCAGAAUAUAAUCAAAGCGUCAACGUUUUCAAAAAUGAUAGGUUAUGACUCGAUAAUGAAACUGUCUAUCGUUCCUACGGAUACAUUGAUGAAGCAAUUGAAUACACACAAAAGAGAUGAAUUUUAUACGCAGAAGAAAUAUAAUUUAAUCCAUGAAGAAUCAGAAGGAUAUGCCAAAUUGAUGGUAGAAAUUUACAAUAUUUUGAAAUACAACGACACCUCGUAUCAAGUUGACUAUGCCCUCCGUAUAAUCGAGGAAUUGACUGGGCAUUAUAAUUUGGAUCCGAAUCGUACUCUUGAUAUUUUGAUUGAAUUGUAUAGUAAUAACUUUGUUGGGAAUCAAGACUUUGCUAUAGAAUUAUUAAAAAAAUCCCAAUGGUGGCCUUCAGAAGAGAGCGAUUGUUUUUCAUCCAUGGAGAACCUUUCUCAAGGUGGUAAUGAAACUGCUGCUAAGAUUAUUGGCUUGAGAAUUCUGAAACAACCAUUAGACAAGGACUUACCCGAAACCCUUAAAAUUUUGUUUGCUUGCUUAAUUAAGGAAGGCUUUGUAAGUUUUGGAUCGAUUUAUAAAUAUGUAACCCCUGGUGAUGAAGAAAUGAAAGCAUUGGAGGCCGAUUAUAAAAAACACUUGAACGAAAAAGUUUUCAAGGCAAGUGCAAGUGCACUCGCAUUAGCAUCUCCAUUACAAGAUGACGAGGAAGAUGAACAUACAUCUAAAGACAAGAAGCCAUCAUCCCAAGGUAACCUAAAACAAAAGGAGGGCACUAUGCAGUCAAAAUUAAAUUCUAAUCUUAGAUUCCAGCUACUACGUGUGUUUUUAGGUAACGGCUUAUAUUGGCCUUCGAUUUAUAUUUUGACCGAAUACCCUUUUUUGGCAUAUGUUGACGACGAAAUAAAUGAAUUAAUAAACCGUUUAUUCAGCUCAAUGCUAGCACCAUUAUAUGAUUCUAUAAAGGUGUUUUCUGACGAAGAAUUUGAUAAGUUACAAACAUCAAAACAAGUUGCUUUUUCGAGACCAUUUAACAAUGUUCGUUAUGAAGAGUCCCCCUGUACGGAAUUAUUGAGCUUUAAACCCACCAUUAAAAGUUUCAGCCACAAGCGUUUUCAUUACUUUUAUACAAACUGGAAUAAGAAAAUACCUCAAAUCAACAAUCCUGAUGAUUUGUUUAAAGUCUCAAAAGAAUUCCUUAAAUUUAGCGGUGUAAACUUAGCUAAGGAUUUAGAAUUGUUUUCUAAAAUAUGUGAAAUAGGAGUUUGGGAUUUAAAUAGAAAUCAAGAGAAUGAAAGUAGGAAAAACGAAUGGCUUCAUUAUUUCAGAAACUUUAUUUUUCCAGCUAUGCCAUUGAUAGAAGAGAAUUCAAUUAUAAUUGAUAAGGCUUACUCCAUUUUAUCGUUUUAUGAUUCUGAAGAUCGCUUUAAUUUAUACAGUGAGAUGCAUCAAGUGUUAGCGAAAAAUAAUCCAUUGAUAAAAAUUGCGUACGGCAAGGCGGAGAAAUCCACAAAAGAUGUUUUAAAGAGGUUGUCCAAGGAGAAUGUACGUCCUAUGAUGCGAAGACUAGCCAAGAUCAGUUUCUCUAACCCGUUACCUUGUUUCUUAACUAUUUUACAACAGAUUGAAAGUUAUGAUAACUUAAAUACCUUGGUUGUCGAGACUGCAAGAUAUUUUAAUAAUUAUGGGUGGGAUACGUUGACUUUGGCAAUUUUAAUGAGACUUACUGCUUCAGGGAGAUCAAAUAUACAAGAUGAUGGAUUGAAUGAACGUCAAUGGAUUCAAUCGUUAGCAUCUUUUAUUGGUAAGAUUUGUCAUCGCUAUCCUAAUGCAAUAGAUUUAAAAACAUUGAUAACAUUCUUAUUGAAAUCUCUUCAUAACAAGGAAAACGUUGGGUUAAUUGUUUUGAGAGAGAUAUUUAUAUGUAUGGGAGGUAUCCAAACAAUUGCUGAUUUAACAUUACGUCAGAUUGAUAUGAUUAACUGUGGUUCAUCAUUAGAAAAGGUAGUCUAUAGAACAAUCGAUGAUUUGCGGUUCGAGAGGUUCAAAUCUGGUCACAUAUUAGUUAAAACUCUCGUGGAACUUGAUGCUGUUAAUGAACUAUUAAUUUUGCUCUGCCAAUUAGGAGAUGAUAUGUUGUUUAAUUCUGAUCAAUCUCAUUUGAAAGUCUUAGCAAAUAAGAGUGACGAUUUAAGUACGGUCAUGCAUCUUUUCACUCAAUUAAUUAAUUUCUUCGGAAGUAGUGAAGAUUUGGCUGAAUUAUUAUUACCGGUUUCGGAAUUUACUACGAAGUACCAUGUACCGCCAUCAUUUGCAUUUGAAAUUUGGAGACAGACUAUCAGUAAGAGGAUUUUAGCAGCUACAGCUUCUGAUGAUAUUUUCAAUCCUGUCUUGAAUGAUAUUAUGAGUCAAAGCUCUCAAACUCUACCUUCGAAAGCCUGGGAUUAUUUAUCAACUGGCUUGUACGCAACAUUCUGGCAAUUAUCACUUUAUGAUAUCAAUUAUACAGAAGACUUGUAUGAUGCUGAAUUAGAGAAGUUAAAAUCGAAUAUAAACAGUAUCAAAGACACUCUUUUAAUUAAUAAAAGAAGCAGUGAGGUAUCAAGAACAUCGAUAGAUAGGUAUAAGAAGGAUUUAAUACAAAAUGAGGACUUUGUUUCAGUGAUUCCAGAGGAAAACGAGAGUCACCUGAAGCAUUAUGAAUUAAUUUCCAAAAGAUUAAUCAAGGAAUCAUCACAUUGGUUCACAAUGGGUGGCAUUGAUAAUAUUAAGCUGCAAGUUCAAUCCUUUUUCCAAUAUUGUCUCCUUCCAAGAGCAAUUCACUCAUCAUUUGAUGCAGCGUAUUCAGCGAAGUUUUUAUUUCAGUUGCAUAAGGUGGAAGCUACUAACUUUUCUAUUAUUAUUGCACUAAAUGAACUAAUUAAAAAUAAUAUUUUAUUUGGUACAUUAUUUACAUCCACUCCGGCUGAGGCAGAAAAUCUUGGUUUGUUUUUUGCUGAAUUACUAAAGAGGUUGCAUGAAUGGUCAAACGAAAGCACGUUCAAUACUGAAGCAAACAAUUCAACGUUGUUUUCAGAAGCAGACACCACUCAAGAACUAACAUACGACAGCUUUCGUAAAUUAUUGUUUGAAUAUCACGAUAUUAUUUUGAAAGAUGUUGGCAAAGCUUUGGAAGUUAAAGAGUAUAUGUGUCGUCGUAAUGCAAUUACUUUCUUGAAAUAUCUUGUUGGUAUUUACCCUAACGUAGAGGAUCAUUGUGAAAAAAUUGUAAAGUACCUUGAGAAUAUUGCGUUAAAUGAGGAAAGAGAGGACUUGAAAUUAUCAUCAAGUGCAUUAAUUGGACAUGUCAAAUCGAGAUCAAAAGAGUGGGUAUCUUUAUGGGAAUUUAUUCCAAUGGAUGACAAAGAAAAAGAAGCACAUGUUCAAAAGCGAAAUGCAAUAAAAGAAAAUAUUAAGAAAUUAGAGCAAGAAAAUAAGGACAGAAUCAAAGAGAAGGAACUUAAGGAGAAGCUUAUGAGAGAGAAAGAACUCUCAGAGAAAAGAAAUCAUGCAAGUACAAUCAGCUAUGAUGAAUCGAAGUCAACAUCAUCGAGACCUGGUACGAGAACUUCUGAUUCUGCUAAAACAAGAUACGAUUAUUACUCGAAGUACGGAGAAAAUAAAGUGAAGAGCCAACCAAAGGAUGAGACUUCUACGGAAGCACAAAAGGCAACCAAGGUAGAAGAUGAGGUUGCAGAAAAAUCGAAGCAAGAUGAAAAGAAGGAAAAUUCCAAACAAUUAGAUUUGAAGGCCCGAAUCAGAGAAGCAAAGAAGGAAUUAAAGGAAUCGCACAAACCCGAUUCAACGGCAGCAUCGAAGGAAGCUUCUCCAGCUUCAUCCAAUGAAAGUAUUAACAGCAAAGAUCAAAUAAAAGGAAGCAUACCAGCCAGAAAACCGAACACACCUAACGCCCCGAACGCGCCGAAAGCUCAACUGAAUUCGAGACUAACUGAAGAAAACAGACCUAAACUGCGUACUCCUCUUCCACCGCAAGAUAUAGCUGCUCAGAAGGAUACGCAGAAUGAUUCCAGAUAUAAUGAAAAAAAUCAACAAUUUGGAGGUAGAAGAUACAAUGAAAACUAUAAUUCGAAUAGAUAUAACCAAAGACCAUAUACUCCAAAUAGUCAACAAAAUAGGCUGCAACAGAAGAGACCUGUUCCUCCACCUCCAUCUAGAGGACCUUCAAGACCUAUUCCUCCUCCACCUCCUCCGCCUGCUGGUCUCAAACAAACCAAUGAUCACCAACAUAGACAUGAUAAUCAGGGAGGCAGAAAUAGUGGUAGAUAUGAUACCAAGAGAAAACAUGAUACGUAUAAUAGCAGUGGAAGGGGCUAUGAUAAGAAACCAAGAUACUAA